AUGGAUGCUUCCACCUCCCCGGUCGUUGAUGUACAGGCCGCUGACGCUGCCCGUGACGCCGCCGUGCAGUUCGAAGACACUCCCGACGGCGAUGACCAGACGUCACCAAUCAACGAUGAUAGUGAGGAACAGCCACACAGGACAGCCACAGGGCCGAUGCAGAAGCGAAGGCGGGUAACUCGUGCAUGCGACGAGUGCCGCCGAAAGAAAAUCAAGUGCGACGGCAAGCAACCUUGCACCCAUUGCACGGUAUAUAGCUAUGAAUGUACUUACGAUCAGCCUUCCAAUCGACGGCGCACUGCUGCGCCGCAGUACAUCGAAGCGCUCGAGUCACAGCUAAAGCGAGCCAAGACCAUAUUGUCAAUUGUUUUUCCCACACUGGAUAUCGGUGAUGCCAGCAUUGACGCUCAUCUGCAGAGUGGAAUGCUACCACAAUUUCCCGCUGCGCCAGCCCGACCACAGCCAUUCCAAGAACCACGUAGCGCGCCACGUCGCGAUGAUCCAGCCAGGGUCGAGGACACGACCGACUCCCAUCUGGAGUCCAUGGUAAAAGCGACUGGUAAUUUGGACCUUGACGAGGAUGGCAAUUGGGACUACCACGGCCAGUCGUCGGGACUGAGUUUCAUGCGCAGAAUUCAGCAGGAGUACGGAGACAUAAUUAGUGGCAAAGCGCCCUCUGCUUCACUAUUUAAGUACCGGCCGCCUUCUCAAGUGCUAGAUUCGCCGAAUUCUGCUCAUCCGUCACCCGCGGAUUCUACAGCGCUUCCAGCUGGAACCGACUUACCACCCAAGAAGAUUGCGAGAACACUGUGCGACAGUGCCUUAAUCGAUGCUAGUGCAAUGCUUCGAGUCGUGCAUUUGCCAUCAUUUUACAAAUCCCUCGAUCGCAUAUAUGAGAUAACGCCUGAGAACUACGGUAAUGCGGAAAAUACCUUUCUACCACUACUAUAUGCUGUGCUAGCGCUGGGCACGCUCUUUCCUAAAGUCUCCAGUGCGGCCGAGCUAGCUGGAGUUGAAGGCUACGCCGAUGAAGGGUACAAGUAUUUCCGAACGUCACGUCAACUUCUAGACGUCACAGACUGUCGCGAUUCAACGUCCCUGCAAGCUAUCGUGUUCAUGAUACAAUUUCUUCAGAGCACAGCCAAGCUGUCCACGUGUUAUUCCUAUAUCGGUGUCGCCUUGCGUUCCGCCAUUCGAAUGGGCAUGCACCGGUCGUUCAAUAUCAAUUUCACACCAAUAGAAGCAGAAACUCGCAAACGUUUAUUCUGGGCUAUUUGGAGAAUGGACACGUAUGUGGGUGCAAUGUUAGGGUUGCCUCAUUUCAUCGAAGACGAAGAUGUCGAUCAGGACUACCCAACCGAAGUUGACGACGAGUACAUCACGGAAACCGAGAUUCUCCCUAUGCCCGAGGGCAAGAUCUCGAUCAUGCACGCCUCGAAUGCCCACGUGAAGAUUGUUCGAAUUCUUAGCAAGCUUUGUCAAUAUGUGUAUCCGACGAAAGGCACGCAAAAUGGUGGGAAGCACUCAGUUACCUAUUCUGUGAGCUACUCCAAGAUUCGGGAAAUCGAACAAAGCAUGCAGAGAUGGCUAGACGAGCUUCCGAUGGCGCUCAAGCCCGGCGGUGAAGCCCCACCCAUCAUUCUCCGAGUGCAACAACUGUUGCGCAUGGCGUUCGCUCACGCUCAAUUGCUUCUAUAUCGGCCCUUCCUACAUUACGUGUCGAGCACAGAACGCAGCAAAGCCUCGGUCGACCAACGGGCGUUCGCUUCAGAGAUGAAGAAACGAGGUUUGCUCGUUGGUGCGUACUGGUUCUCCAUGUACUCCACCUUCUUCUCUAUUAUUUCUAUUCUUUACUUUGUGCUAGAGAAUCCGACAAGUCAGACCAGCCGGGAACUUUUCCGGGAAGUCGUGGAAGGGAAGGAGCUCCUUGAUUAUUUCGCUAAACAAAGUCUCGCAGCGGACAGAUGCGCAGAGACUUUACAGAGUAUUUUCGACAGACUACCCGAAGUGGUGAAGCGUGGAGGACUCAAUGUCGACAUCAACACUUUGAUGUUCCCGUCAGCAGAUCCUUUGGCUUAUCCAAACCAGCCCAUGACUACUUUCGAAAACAAUCACCCGCAGGCCUAUCAAUUCAAGCACGGCUCGCCGAAUAUGGCGCAACUGCCUCCACAAUACACUGGUGUCGACAUCAAGCCGAGCCCUGCAACUUACACUUCAAGCCCCCUAGCUAAUGUACCUCCAGGGUCAAGGCGACCAGAUAAUGAGGUACAACUCCUAGGGCCGAUGCCCAUGUAUCUUAUGCAAGGUGCGCAACAUCGAAGUUUCCACCCUCAAACAAACGUUCACGGGCCUUCACCUCAAAUACCCGGCCAGAACCCUACGAACUUGAGCUUUGACGAAAUAUUUGGAGGAGAAGAAUGGGCGCAAACCUUUAUGGAUCCUGGCCUAGGUCUGAGUGGCGGUCAUGGAUACGGUGUACCACCUCAUUAUGGCGCUGGUGGUCCGAACAUGGGGGGUUGGUAG